UCCGCGGUCACACUUAGUGUGUGUCAUAAAGAAAAACAAAAAGAAACUGGUGUUUAUAACCCGAAAUAUGCCCGUUUUGGAACAUAUUGAUGUCAUGGCUUCGACACCAGCACCCGCUACCAACCCGGUGCCAACCGACACAGACGCCCCACACCAGGCCGCCCGUGAACUAACCCAAACGGAUCAUCUGAAUAGACGUCUUUUGAAAUCCCUAUUGGACACGAUGCAGAUCCAAAUGCAGUCUGACGAUGCAAACCAGAGCAAUGACGACAGCACCAACGAUGAGUCCAAUAACGAAUUCGAUGAAUAAAUCCAAUACUAUGAUUACCCUAA